UGUUUUAUAAAAGAAGGACAAGACUAUCAGUUGGCAUUUCAAGUAUGUUGGAAAGAGUUCUGUUUUAGUUGCUGUUUAAAAUCAUUGUAGUGAAGAACACUGAACUUCGGAAAAAAAUGUUAGAAACUAUAGACAAAAAUCGAGCCCUGCAGGCAGCAGAGCGCUUGCAAGCCAAGCUGCGAGAACGUGGAGACGUAGCCAAUGAAGACAAGCUGAACCUUCUCAAGUCAGUCUUGCAGAGCCCGCUCUUCAGUCAGAUUCUGAACCUUCAGACUUCCGUACAGCAGCUGAAAGAGCAGGUAAACACUGCAACAUUGGCAAUUUCAAAUGUCGAAUAUGCUCACAUUCCACAUCUCAGUCCAGCUGUAAUUCCUACUCUGCAAAAUGAAUUGUUCUUAUCAUCCUCAAAUAAUGGGAAUCUGGAAGCAUUUACAGGAUCUGGUACUCCACACAUCAAUGGGAAACCUGCUUGUGAUGAAUUUGAUCAACUAAUCAAGAAUAUGGCCCAGGGUCGCCACAUAGAAGUUUUUGAGCUCCUCAAACCUCCAUGUGGAGGUCUUGGGUUUAGUGUUGUGGGACUCAGGAGCGAAAACCGGGGAGAACUGGGAAUAUUCGUGCAGGAGAUCCAAGAGGGCAGUGUGGCCCACAGAGAUGGAAGAUUGAAGGAAACCGAUCAGAUCCUUGCUAUCAAUGGACAGGCACUUGAUCAGACAAUUACACAUCAGCAGGCUAUCAGCAUCCUGCAGAAAGCCAAAGAUAAUGUCCAGCUAGUUAUUGCCAGAGGCUCAUUGCCUCAGCUCAUCAGCCCCAUAGUUUCCCGUUCUCCAUCUGCAGCCAGCACAAUUUCAGCUCACUCUAACCCUGUUCACUGGCAGCAUGUGGAGACUAUUGAACUGGUGAACGAUGGAUCUGGACUGGGAUUUGGCAUCGUCGGAGGAAAAGCAACUGGAGUGAUCGUAAAAACCAUUCUGCCUGGAGGAGUAGCUGACCAGCAUGGGCGACUGUGCAGUGGAGAUCACAUUCUAAAGAUCGGUGACACGGACCUAGCAGGAAUGAGCAGUGAGCAAGUAGCACAAGUGCUCAGGCAAUGUGGAAACAGAGUUAAACUGAUGAUCGCAAGAGGGGCCGUAGAAGAACCAGCAGCACCCUCCUCUUUGGGCAUCACCCUUUCCUCAUCCCCAUCUUCUACACCAGAAAUGCGGGUUGAUGCUUCUACUCAGAAAAGUGAAGAAAGUGAGACAUUUGAUGUAGAACUCACUAAAAAUGUCCAAGGAUUAGGAAUUACCAUUGCUGGUUACAUUGGAGAUAAAAAAUUAGAACCUUCAGGAAUCUUUGUAAAGAGCAUUACAAAGAGCAGUGCUGUUGAACAUGAUGGAAGAAUCCAAAUUGGAGACCAAAUUAUAGCAGUAGAUGGCACAAACCUUCAGGGUUUUACCAAUCAACAAGCAGUAGAGGUGUUGCGACACACAGGACCAACUGUGCACCUGACACUAAUGAGAAGAGGAGCGAAGCAGGAGGCUGAGUUCACGUCAAGGGAGGAUGUCACAAAGGACGCAGUUUCGUCUCCUGUGAAUGCCAGCGGAAGCAAAGAAAAUUACGAAAAAGAUGAAGAUUCUUCAUCUUUGAGUAGAAACACCAGCAUAUUACCAAUUGAAGAAGAAGGUUAUCCGUUAUUGUCAGCAGAGAUAGAAGACAUAGAAGAUGCACAACAACAGGAAGCUGCCCUGCUGACAAAGUGGCAAAGGAUUAUGGGGAUUAAUUAUGAAAUAGUGGUAGUUUCUUGGGCAACUUCUCUUUUUGCACAGGUGAAUGGCAUAACUUUGCUUGGGGAAAAUCACCAAGAUGUGGUGAAUAUUUUAAAAGAACUGCCAAUAGAAGUGACAAUGGUGUGCUGUCGACGAACCGUGCCACCCACCAGCCAGUCAGGGUUGGAUAGCCUGGACUUAUGUGAUAUUGAACUGACAGAAAAGCCUCAUGUAGAUCUGGGCGAGUUCACUGGGUCCUCGGAGACUGAGGACCCUGUGCUGGCGAUGACCGAGGCCGGUCAGAAUGCGGAGGAGGUUCAAGGACCUUUGGCCAUGUGGGAGGUUGAUGUGCAGCAUAUCGAGCUGGAGAAAGGAAACAAAGGACUUGGUUUUAGCAUUUUAGAUUAUCAGGAUCCCAUUGAUCCAGCAAGCACUGUGAUUGUAAUUCGUUCUUUGGUGCCUGGCGGCAUUGCCGAAAAGGAUGGUCGACUUCUUCCUGGAGAUAGACUCAUGUUUGUCAAUGAUGUUAACUUGGAAAACAGCAGUCUUGAAGAAGCUGUGCAGGCUCUGAAGGGUGCGCCAGCAGGAUCUGUGAGAAUCGGAGUUGCUAAACCGUUACCUCUUUCACCAGAAGAAGGGUAUGUUUCUGCUAAGGAGGAUUCCUUUCUCCACCCACCACACUCCUGCAAGGAGGAAGGGCUGGCUGACAGAGCCCUCUUCAGGGCUGACUUGGCUCUGGUGGACACAAAUGAGGCCGCCUUAGAUGAAUCGACACUGGAGUCUCAGUACUCUCCUGAUAAUGGCAGUAUCUACUCCACUCAAGCCUCUAUUUUAUCUCUUCACGGAAGUGCUGGUAGUGAUGGCCUGAACUCCGGUCCCCCCCUCCCAUCUUCUCCUCCCAAGGAUGUUAUUGAAAAUUCUUCAGAUCCAGUACUUGAUCUGCACAUGUCCUUGGAGGAACUAUACACCCAGAAUCUCCUGCAAAGACAGGAUGAGAGUCCAUCUUCAGUAGACUUGAGCAUGGGGCCUGCCUCUGGCUUUACUGUAAAUGAUUAUACCCCUGCAAAUGCUAUUGAACAGCCAUACAAAUGUGAAAACACAAGAACGUGGGCUGAAUCUCACCUACCAAAUGAAAUGAUAUCAAGUGCAGAACUUACUUCUCCCAUGCUACCUGAUUCAACUGGAAAGGGCUCCGAGUUCUUAAUUCAGCAGAGCUCCCUGACCUCAACUGCGGAGUGCGUCAUGCUCCAAAACCUGUCCAAAGAAUCGUUUGAGAGGACUAUUACUAUAGCAAAAGGCAACUCCAGCCUAGGGAUGACAGUGAGUGCUAAUAAGGAUGGCUUGGGGAUGAUCGUUCGAAGCAUUAUUCAUGGAGGUUCCAUUAGUCGAGAUGGCCGGAUUGCUGUUGGGGACUGCAUCUUAUCUAUUAAUGAAGAAUCUACUAUCAGUUUAACCAAUGCCCAGGCACGAGCGAUGUUGAGAAGACACUCUCUCAUUGGGCCUGACAUAAAAAUUACUUAUGUGCCCGCAGAACAUUUGGAAGAGUUCAAAAUAAGUUUGGGGCAACAAUCUGGAGGAAUAAUGGCCCUGGAUAUUUUUUCUUCAUCCUCUGGCAGAGACAUUCCAGAACUACCAGAGCGAGAAGAAGGAGAGGGAGAAGAAAGUGAGCUUCAAAAUUCAGCAUACAGUAAUUGGAACCAGCCCAGGCGGGUUGAACUUUGGAGAGAACCAAGCAAAUCUUUGGGCAUCAGCAUUGUUGGUGGAAGAGGCAUGGGGAGUCGUCUAAGCAACGGUGAAGUGAUGAGGGGCAUUUUCAUCAAACAUGUUCUUGAAGAUAGUCCAGCUGGCAGAAAUGGAACCUUGAAACCUGGAGAUAGAAUAGUAGAGGUGGAUGGAAUGGACCUCAGAGAUGCAAGCCAUGAGCAAGCUGUGGAAGCCAUUCGGAAAGCAGGCAACCCCGUAGUCUUUAUGGUACAGAGCAUUAUAAACAGACCAAGGAAAUCCCCUUUGCCUUCCUUGCCGCACAACCUUUACCCUAAGUACAACUUCAGCAGCACUAACCCAUUUGCUGAUUCUCUACCGUUCAACGCUGACAAGGCACCCAGUCAGUCAGAAUCAGAGCCGGAAAAGGCUCCAUUGUGCAAUGCGCCUCCGCCCCCUUCUUCAGCAUUUGCAGAAAUGAGCAGUGAUCAUACACAGUUGUCUUCUGCAAGCAAAAUCCCAGAAGAUGUGGACAAAGAGGAUGAGUUUGGUUACAGCUGGAAAAAUAUCAGAGAGCGUUACGGAACCCUAACAGGAGAGCUACAUAUGAUUGAGUUGGAGAAAGGUCGUAGUGGUUUGGGUCUAAGUCUUGCUGGGAACAAAGACCGAUCCAGGAUGAGUGUCUUUGUAGUGGGGAUUGAUCCAAAUGGAGCAGCUGGAAAAGAUGGUCGACUGCAGAUUGCAGAUGAGCUUCUAGAGAUCAAUGGUCAAAUUUUAUAUGGAAGAAGUCAUCAGAAUGCUUCUUCAAUCAUUAAAUGUGCUCCUUCUAAAGUAAAAAUAAUUUUUAUCAGAAAUAAAGAUGCGGUGAGUCAGAUGGCUGUAUGUCCUGGAAAUACAGUAGAACCUUUGCCUUCUACCUCAGAGAAUUCUCAAAAUAAGGAGGCUGAGCCAAGUGGUACUACUUCCGAUGCAGCUGUGGACCUCUGUUCAUUUAAAAAUGUGCAACAUCUGGAGCUUCCCAAGGAUCAAGGGGGUUUGGGCAUUGCUAUCAGUGAGGAAGAUACGCUCAAUGGAGUCGUCAUAAAGAGUCUAACCGAGCAUGGGGUGGCAGCCAAGGAUGGACGGCUCAAAGUUGGAGAUCAGAUUUUGGCUAUAGAUGAUGAAGUCGUUGUUGGCUAUCCUGUUGAAAAGUUUAUUAGCCUUUUGAAAACAGCAAAGACAACAGUGAAACUUAGCAUUCAUGCUGAGAAUCGCGACCCCCAGGCUGGGACGGCCAGUGGAGAACAGAAGAGCAGCUCCUUGUCUCUGACGGCCCCGUCUUCUGGCUCCCCAGAACCAGAGUCCAUCCCAAGUACAAGCAGGUCAUCAACACCAGCGAUCUUUGCUUCUGAUCCUGCAACCUGCCCCAUUAUCCCAGGCUGCGAAACAACAAUUGAGAUUUCCAAAGGGCGAACAGGGCUGGGCCUGAGUAUUGUUGGAGGGUCGGACACUCUGCUGGGUGCCAUUAUUAUCCACGAAGUUUAUGAAGAAGGAGCAGCUUGUAAAGAUGGAAGACUCUGGGCUGGAGAUCAGAUUCUAGAGGUGAAUGGAAUUGACUUGAGAAAGGCCACGCAUGAUGAAGCAAUACAUGUCCUGAGACAGACCCCACCAAGAGUGCGCCUGACGCUCUACAGAGAUGAGGCCCCAUACAAAGAGGAAGAUGUGUAUGACACCCUCACUGUUGAGCUGCAGAAGAAGCCAGGGAAAGGCCUGGGAUUAAGUAUUGUUGGGAAAAGAAAUGAUACCGGAGUGUUUGUGUCCGACAUCGUCAAAGGAGGGAUUGCCGAUGCUGACGGAAGACUGGUGCAGGGAGACCAGAUACUGACGGUGAACGCAGAAGAUGUCCGGCACGCCACCCAGGAAGCUGUGGCCGCUUUGCUGAAGUGUUCCCUAGGCACAGUGACCUUAGAAGUUGGAAGAAUCAAAGCUGGUCCAUUCCAUUCAGAGAGGAGGCCUUCUCAAAGCAGCCAGAUGAGUGAAGGCAGCCUGUCAUCAUUCACUUUUCCACUUUCUGGAUCCAGUACCUCUGAGUCACUGGAAAGUAGCUUGAAGAAGAAUGCACUGGCAUCUGAAAUACAGGGAUUAAGAACAGUUGAAAUAAAAAAGGGGCCUACUGACUCACUGGGAAUCAGCAUUGCUGGAGGAGUGGGCAGCCCACUUGGGGAUGUUCCCAUAUUUAUUGCAAUGAUGCACCCAAAUGGAGUUGCAGCUCAGACCCAGAAACUCAGAGUUGGGGACCGGAUUGUCACUAUCUGUGGCACUUCCACUGAGGGGAUGACUCACACCCAAGCAGUUAACUUACUGAAAAAUGCCUCGGGCUCCAUUGAAAUGCAGGUGGUUGCUGGAGGAGAUGUGAGUGUGGUCACAGGUCAUCAGCAGGAGCCAGCCACUUCUAGUCUUUCUUUCACUGGGCUGACAUCAAGCAGUAUAUUUCAGGAUGAUUUAGGACCUCCUCAGUGUAAAUCUAUUACACUAGACCGAGGACCAGAUGGCUUAGGCUUCAGUAUAGUAGGAGGAUAUGGCAGCCCUCAUGGAGACUUACCCAUUUAUGUUAAAACGGUGUUUGCGAAGGGAGCAGCCUCGGAAGACGGGCGUCUCAAAAGGGGUGAUCAGAUCAUUGCUGUCAAUGGGCAGAGUCUGGAAGGGGUUACCCACGAAGAAGCUGUGGCCAUCCUCAAGCGGACGAAGGGAACUGUCACUUUGAUGGUUCUCUCCUGAAUUUACUGCAGAGUGGGGCCAACUCAGCCCCCUGCUCCCAUCCCACACUGUGAAGGGAAUGGAACUGCUCUUGGGGAUAACUUUCCCCCGCGCCGUCUUCAUCAGGCUCUUCAGAACUCUGGGGGGAAAGUAUCAUUUAAGUUUUUUUUCUCAUGUGGAAAUGAUUUUCUGGCAACCUAGCAUCACUUUUCCUUUCUCCUUGGAUUUUGUGAACAUAAACUCAAAGGGAAGGACUGUGUGCAUAGGUAAACCCAGUCUUCUAAAGAUGUCUGACAUUUGGCAGUCACAUGUGCAGAAAUUAUGAUGUGCUGAACUGGUUAGUAGAGAAAGAAAAAAAAAUAAUUCCAAAGCGAAAACUAAGAGAAAUGGCUUUAGUAAAUUAGGGUGAGAAUGAAAAUAUAAAAGAAAAAGGAAAAUCUCAAGUUUUAUAUAAAAAAAUGCUUCAUUUUUGUCAGUCCAACUCCUCCCCAUUUCUAACUAGAAAAGAAAAUAAAACAUUUUUCUCUAUUGAAAAUCCUUAAAAAUACUCUCAAUAUUUAAAAUAUUUGAAUAUUAUAAAAAAUUGCAUAUCCCCUCCUUUAAUAUACCCCUACAUAUUUUCCUCCUAAAAUGGGUUUCUAAGAUUGAGUAAAUAGCAAUUAUAUGAAGCAGUGUCCCUAAGUUGGUAAAGAACACAGCUGAUGCAAAUCUUGAUGUUCAUUUUUAUUUUUGACCUGUUAUGAAAUAUUUUCAUGUUUCCGUAAGUAAGAUGGUGAUGUCACCCACUGUUGACUGUGGUUUCUCUAGAAAGCAGCCGUGCUAGCCACGGAGGAACAUGGAAGUCUCUCAGAAUCUUUAAUGCUGGUUUUAACCGAUGCAACACUAAAAAUGCGUGCUGGGCAAUUGGUUUUCAAUUACUAUUAAUCUUAAUGACAGAGAAAAAAGCAAUGUGUUAGUAAUUAUUUUGGUUGUGUGCCAUUAGUAAAUUGAUAGAAAAAUUAAGGGGAUUAACAUAACUUCAUUUCAUUGCCUUAUAUUAACAUCUUAUAAUACAAUAGUUUAAGACUAAGGGAAACAGAUGGAGCUGUUUAUUGAGACAACUGGUGAGGAAUUAUCAUGUGUUCAUUCCCAUUUUAGAGCGUGAAACUCCUACAUUAGAAUAUAUAAAGUCACUUUAAAUAUUAUCUAUAUUUGUAACAGAAGUAGUGUACAGAUAUUUUAUUACAGCACUUUUGUGUAAAUGGAGUACCGAAGUGAAUAAAUAACAAGUUUCAUGGUGCACAAAUAAA